AUGCGCCCAUUCUCCGUCGUUUCCCUUCUAGUUGCCACCACGGCAGCGAAGAAGGCCAUUCCAUCACUGUGGGAUAGCCAAUGUUUUUACCCCCAGGGUGAUCCCGGCUUCGAACUUGACUCGUAUCUUGGGCGCUGGUAUCAGGUCGCCGGCACUAUCGCCCCAUUCACUGCAGACUGCAAGUGCAUUUUUGCCGAGUAUGAGCUGAACGACAACGGCACCGUCCAGGUGAACAACACGUGCCAAGCUGGGAACAAGCCCGUCAGUAUCCUCGGAACUGCAACUCCUGCCGAUCCCGAGUACGGACCGGCCGGUGUUUUCCGCGUCCAGUUCCCCCGCGGAGGGCCACCGGACUGCCCUGGGCCCAACUACAUCGUGCAGGACUACAGCGUUGAGUUCGCCUUGGUUCAGUCCAACAACUUUACCACGCUCUUCAUUCUGAGCCGUCAGCAACAUCCCGAGGAGAAGCUGAUCGAUGUGUUACGAGAUUCCGCUGUUACGAUACGCGGCCUAUCGACGGUCCUGUAA